UUUUUAGUUAAUUUUUAAUUAUUUUAGGAAUGAAACUUUUAAUUUUUAAUAAAUUCCUAAUUGAUUUUGUGGCUCGUUCCAGGCGUCACCAUGGAGACGGCGCCGCGGCGCCCCCCAGCGGCCCGGAGGACCCGGAAGCAGCGCCCGUUGCCGUGGUAACGGCGACGCUGCCGUAAAGCAGAACCGGCACUGGUGAGACCGGACCGGGACAGAACCAACCCUGCUGGGACCGAACCGGGACAGAACCAACCCUGCUGGGACCGAACCGGGGCCGGUGAGACCGGACCGGGACAGAACCAACCCUGCUGGGACCGAACCGGGGCCGGUGAGACCGGACCGGGACAGAACCAACCCUGCUGGGACCGAACCGGCGCCGGUGAGACCGGACCGGGACAGAACCAACCCUGCUGGGACCGAACCGGGACAGAACCAACCCUGCUGGGACCGAACCGGGGCCGGUGAGACCGGACCGGGACAGAACCAACCCUGCUGGGACCGAACCGGGGCCGGUGAGACCGGACCGGGACAGAACCAACCCUGCUGGGACCGAACCGGCGCCGGUGAGACCGGACCGGGACAGAACCAACCCUGCUGGGACCGAACCGGGACAGAACCAACCCUGCUGGGACCGAACCGGCACCGGUGAGACCGGACCGGGACAGAACCAACCCUGCUGGGACCGAACCGGGACAAAACCAACCCUGCUGGGACCGAACCGGCACCGGUGAGACCGGACCGGGACAGAACCAACCCUGCUGGGACCGAACCGGAGCCGGUGGGACAGAACCGGGACAGAACCGGGACCGAACCGGGACCGCUGGGACCAAACUGCGGCCGGUGAAACCGAACCGGGACCGAACCGUGCCCGGUAGGACAUAACCGGUUCCGAACGGUCCCCGGCGGUACCGAACGGUGCCGGGCGGUACCGAACCGCGGCCGGUCCCGCGGGGCCGCUCGGGGCCCGCAUGGAGCCGGACGCGCUCGUGCAGUGCCCGUACGACCGGAGCCACCAGGUGCGCGUGUCCCGCCUGCCCUACCACCUGGUGCGCUGCCAGCAGAACAACCCGCAGGUGUCGCGCACCUUGGCCACGUGUCCCUUCAACGCGCGCCACCGCGUCCCGCGCGCGCUCCUGCGCGCCCACGUCACCUCGUGCCCCGACAAACUGCCGCUCGAGCUGCCCCCAGGUGUGUCCCCUGCUGUCCCCAGGUGUGCCCAGGUGUGUCCCCUCACCGCUGUCCCCUGUGUCCCCGCAGUCCCCGAGGACACGCUCCAGACAGCCGGGGGACCCCCCCAGGCCUGGCAGCCCCCCCCGUGCCAGGAGGACUGGGACGCAGAGCAGAGCGAGCUGGAGCUGGAGGAGCCGCUCCCGUUCAUCCUCCAGGUCACCAAGGGGGACCUGCCUGUCCCCUGCCACAGCGCCGACCCCGCCGCCCCCCCGGAGGGGCUGCCACUGAGGAAGCCGCGGCCGGCGACAGCAGCGCCACGCUUGGGGACAGCCGGGCCGCGCUCGGGGACAGCCGGGCCCCGCUCGGGGACAGCGCGGCCCCGGCCGGUGUCGGCGGGCGCGGCCCGGGGGGUCCCGGGGGUCCCCCCGGCUGUCAAAUAUUCCCGGAAAUAAAAACCGCUCCGAGAGCCGCCGCUGUCCCCGGGGCGCUGGGCGGCGACAGGCGACGCUGCGGGUGGGGACAGUGCCACCGCCGUGUGGGGAAAUGCGGGGA